CAACAAACUCCUCCAGUGUAACGCCAUGUUGAACUGUCACGUGACUGACGGAGCUCUUAAAGAAACAGUGCACUAGAUUCUCCGCACACAUAGCGUGUGAGACUCGCUCAGGUGUAAACACACGCGAACAGACAAAACAGGACUCAAUCUCAGCCCUAAACACUAUUUGGAAUGCUGGAUUGUGUUUUGUGAGGGAUUCCAAAUCGACAGAGGUUUGAUUCAACCUCAAAACCAAGUGCAUGGGCGAAUAUUGUAGAUCAAUCUGCACUGAAUUUCCAAGAUAACGACAAUGUAUGAGAACGUACCGACAGUGUCUGCUUCCGAGCGGCAGCAGGUGCUCCAGGCUUUGGAAAGACUUCAGUCCAAGCUCGUGCAGAGAGAAGAGUGGACCCACAGCGACAGGCUCGGCGCGCUGAAGGAAGCCCUGCAGAGCCCUCUGUUCGGCCACAUCCUCACCCUGCAGCACUCCGUCAAACAGCUUAAAGACCAGUUAAACAGCUUGCCGCCGGACACAUGCACUGAGUUCAGUUUCUCCAGGAAGGGCCAGCUGAUCGUCAGUGCGAGUCGUCCGUCCAGCAGCCUGGGAUCCGUGGUGUCUAACGGUACAGCUGCGACUAACGCAUCUUCUGAGCAGCUUCAGAGAUGGAUACACGCGGCCGCAGUGGGAAGGAAGACGGAGCUCAUCAGCCUGCAGAAGCCGUUAUCUGGAGGUUUGGGUUUCAGUGUGGUGGGCCUGAGACCAGAGGGGGUGGGCAGUCAUGGUGUGUUCGUCAGACAGGUGCAACAAGGGAGCGUCGCAGACAGGGAUGGAAGAUUGCAGGAGAAUGAUCAGAUUCUGGCGAUUAAUGGGAUUCCUCUGGAUCAGAGCGUGACGCAGCAGCAGGCCAUUGCUCUUCUUCAGCAACAGAAAGACCGAGUGGAGCUGGUGGUGGCCAGAGACACAGCGGCCAAACCCCAACUCUCUACAUCUGGACCCAUUCAGACGGAUCAGUGGGGACACGUGGAGGAGAUCGAGCUGGUGAAUGAUGGCUCCGGCCUGGGAUUUGGGAUUGUUGGAGGCAAGGCAACAGGAAUGGUUGUCAGGACCGUGUUGCCAGACAGCGUGGCCGAUAAGGACGGGAGGCUGAGAACAGGUGACCACAUCCUGCGGAUCGGUGACACGUCCACUCGGGGUCUGGCCAGUGACCAGGUGGUGCAGGUGCUGCAGGCCUGCGGGACACAUGUAAGGAUGUUGAUUGCACGAGACCCUCUGGUGGCGACCCAGCCUCCUCCUCCACCUCCACCUGCCCCCGCCAUGGCUCCCGUCACUUCUCUGCCACCUCCACCUCCUGUGCCAUCCCGCAGGGGCAGCAAAACGCCAAAUUUGGAGGGCUUCGAAAUCCAUGAAGUUGCGUUAAAAAAGAAGGAAGGCCAGAGCCUCGGGAUCUCUGUAAUCGGACACAACGCUUUGACCACUAAGGAUGCGAUGGGGGUCUUCGUGAAGAACGUGGUUCCAGGCAGCGCCGCUGAGCAGAGCGGGAAAAUCCAUGUCCACGACAGGAUAAUAGCUUUGGAUGGCGUGAACCUCCAGGGAUUCACCAACCAGGAAGUGCUGGAAGUAAUGAAGCGGACAGGAGAUAUCGUACACCUUACCCUCAUUAGGAAGAUCAACUCGCCCAUGAGGACAGGCGUAGAAAAAUCACUAGAUAAAGUCCAGAGAGAGUCGUCGCGCGUGUCUCUGAAGAGAUCGUCUGAGAUCAAGGCACGGGCGGAUGUUCAGAGGGGCUCUGUGGUUGAGUCUAUGGACCCUGCUCUGAGUGGGAUCAAACAACAGCUGCAGGGGAAAAUGCAAGAGCCAGCCCCGCUGACGGAGAUGGAGCUUCGUGUUAAAUGGGAACAGGCUCUUGGUCCACAUUACGAUGUUAUGGUUGUACAGCUUGACCCUGUCAUAGAUGAUGAUAUUGAGCUGCAGAAGUACUCCAAGCUUCUCCCAAUACACACAAUGCGCUUGGGCGUGGAACUAGACUCUUUUGAUGGACACCACUACAUUUCCACAGUGGCUCCUGAGGGUCCAGUAGCAAAACAUGGACUGCUUCGACUAGAGGAUGAACUUCUGGAGGUGAAUGGCGUGCAGUUGUAUGGGAAGUCCAGACGAGAGGCUCUUGCGUUCCUCAGAGAGGUUCCUCCUCCCUUUACUUUGGUUUGCUGCAGACGCUUCGCGGAAGAAGGCAGCGAAUACCACCCUGAAUCUGAAGAGUGGCACUCAUCCAGCCCCUCAGUCAGCCUACAGGAGCAGAUUGAGAAUAACCUCUCCAUGUUUGCCAAAGAUACAAAUCUACGUGACAGCAUGAGGGAAGAGUUUCAGGCAUCAGCAGUGGAGCAAAGAGUUCACGAUAAAGAAGAGCCCCUAGAGCCAGGUGACCCUGAGAGAGAGCAGAUGGAUGAGGAGAAGGAUGAUGAUGAUGAAGAAGAUGAAAGUGAACUAGCUCUGUGGUCUCCAAAUGUGCAGGUGCUAGAACUAGAGAAAGGAGAGCGAGGUCUUGGCUUCAGCAUACUAGACUAUCAGGACCCUCUGGAUGUUGCACGCUCUGUGAUUGUCAUCCGCUCUCUGGUGCCUGGAGGGGUGGCGGACAAUCACGGGGGGCUCCUCCCGGGUGACCAGCUGGUUUUCGUCAAUGACACUCAUCUGGAAACAUGCUCUCUGGCCCAGGCGGUAGAGGUCCUCAAAUCUGCUCCGCCUGGGAGAGUCUACCUUGGAAUCAGGAAACCACUGGUGGCAGAGGUCAAAGGUAGUGGGCAGCAGUCCUCUUGGGCUGUAGAGGGCGCUGAUGAGCAAACAACAGCAAAGCAUUCCGUCACUCCAUCUAUGCAAGAGGACUUUGGAAAUGGCUCGGUCUUAUCUGACGACCUGGAUGAGGAGCCAGAGCUUAUCCUGGACGCUGAGCCCCGCUACACCUCUCCCCUCACCACCAUUGGCGUCCUGCCCGUCCUGGAGCGAGAGAUGGCUGUAGAUGAGGAUGAUGAAGAGCAGGAGAUGGACACCAUGAAGGACCAAGGGAGCUCCAAGGUCAAGGGCGACAGUCUGCCUUCAUACUUGAGUGUUAAGACUCGCUCCUGGGAAGAGCCAACACCAUCCAGCCCCUACAAGUUCAACAAUCAACCAGAUGCACAAGAACAGUUUCCAGAGGUGGAUGAUGAGCUUUGCACAAGCUUUGAGAAGAUUCAGCUGCAGCUCCCGCAAAUUCCCCUUAGUCAGUCUGCCACAUGGAUCGAGGCAGCAGACAGCGAGGCAGACUCAGAGCUUACCUUGACCGACACAGACACAGAAACUGCACAGCGCACUUCCUCUUGCAGCAGGAAGAGAAGAAAACAGGGGCCUGCCGGUUCAAUGAGAGAAGGCCACAGUGAUCUGCCUGAAAGAGAGGAGGGAGAAGGUGAGGAGACACCUGCGUUCAGUCACUGGGGUCCCCCACGCAGAGUGGAGGUGUGGCCAGAGCCGCAGGAGUCUCUGGGUAUCAGUAUAGUGGGCGGCCGCACCGUUAUAAAGAGGCUGAAGAACGGAGAGGAACUGAAGGGCAUUUUCAUCAAACAGGUGCUGCCAGACAGCCCAGCUGGACGCACGGGUGCCCUUAAAACAGGAGACAAGAUCUUACAGGUUUGUGGAGUGGACUUGCAGAAUGCCAGCCAUGAGGAGGCAGUACAGGCUAUCAAAGCGGCGUCCAGUCCCGUGGUCUUCGUCGUGCAGAGCCUGUCCUCCACUCCACGGCCUGUUUCAGUGAUGGCCUCCAGCAUUAGACAGCACAAGGCUAAGAGGAAAGAAGCCCAGCAGAAAGCAGGACAGACCAGCGGCCCUCCACCCAUGCGCCUCCCCCCACCCUACAGACCCCCCAGCCAAGUGCAGGAGGAGGAGCAGCAGGAGGAAGAAAGUGAGGAUGAAGAUGAGGAGCAAGCUAAAGAGGUGAUCAGGCAGAGGUAUGCGGAUCUGCCAGGAGAGCUGUUGAUCGUGGAACUGGAGAAAGAUCGGAAUGGCUUGGGCCUCAGUCUGGCCGGGAACAGGGAUCGCUCCUGCAUGAGCAUCUUCGUGGUGGGGAUCACCGUCGGAGGACCGGCCAGCCGAGACGGGCGCAUCAAAGUGGGCGACGAACUGUUGGAGAUAAACAACCAGGUGCUGUACGGCAGGAGCCACCAGAAUGCAUCGGCCAUAAUAAAAAGCGCCACUUCAAAGGUCAAACUUGUCCUGGUCAGGAAUGAAGAUGCUAUCAAUCAAAUGGCUGUCGCUCCUUUUCCUUCCCAGGCUUCCUCAUUCUACUCCAGUGAGAAUACGGCAGCAGCUCCGGCUCCGGCUCCGGCUCCGGCUCCGGCUCCGGCUCCGGCUCCGGCUCUGGCUCUGGCUCCGGCAGAGAAGCCACAGCCGCCCCAGAGCCUCCCUCUGAGCAGAAGCUCACCCGAGCCGCCACUAAUCAAGGAUCAACCCAGCUUGGUGCCGAUUGUGAGCUCCACGCAGACAGAUCAGGUGCACAAGACCUUCAGAGAUGCAGAGUCAACCUUAAAGAAGCUGAAACCUUCAGAGAAAAUAUUGGAGUCUCCAAGUGAACAGUCACCCAAGCCUCUUGUGGAGCAGAUCACCAGUCUUCCCAAAAUCCAGAGGAAUUCCACCACACCCUCAGCAGGUUCUGUGGAGGUCACGUCCCCCGGAUCAUCCGUGCCAGAGUCCGGCACCAGCCCUGACUUCGAGUACUGCAGCAAAGACCCUGCUACAUGUCCCAUAGUUCCAGGACAAGAGACGGUUAUUGAGAUUUCUAAAGGCCGGUCUGGACUGGGUCUCAGUAUAGUUGGUGGCAAAGAUACCCAGCUGGAUGCUAUAGUGAUUCAUGAAGUGUACGAGGAGGGGGCGGCGGCGCGGGACGGUCGACUCUGGGCCGGAGAUCAGAUUCUUGAGGUGAAUGGUGUGGAUCUGCGCAGUGUGGCUCACGAAGACGCAAUAGCUGCUCUACGGCAAACACCGGCCAAAGUACGGUUGACAGUUUUGCGUGAUGAGGCGCAAUACAGGGACGAGGAGAACCUCGACAUGUUCCGCAUUGAACUUCAGAAGAGAACCGGACGCGGGCUGGGUCUGAGCAUUGUUGGGAAGAGGAAUGGUAAAGGUGUGUUUAUCUCCGAUGUGGUGAAGGGCGGAGCGGCAGAUCUGGAUGGCAGACUGAUGCAGGGCGACCAGAUCCUGUCUGUGGAUGGAGAGGACAUGAGACAGGCCUCACAGGAGACCGUCGCCGCCAUUCUCAAGUGCGCCAGGGGCAAGGUGCUGUUGGAGCUGGGCCGACUGAAGGCUGCCUCCUGGAUCUCUUCCAGACGCACCUCCCAGGGAAGUCAGAUGAGCCACUUGAGCGGCAACAGCAGCACCCCAACCCCCACGGCCCCUGCUGUGGCCCCGCCCCCUUCUCAAACCCUCAACAAUAACAGCCAAAACAUCACCGAGCCCAACAGCAUAAGCACAGGGACAGAGCCAGGCGUUCGCACAGUGGAGAUCAUACGGGGUCCCACCGAUGCUUUGGGUGUGAGUAUAGCGGGUGGUAAGGGCAGUCCGCUGGGCGACAUCCCCAUUUUCAUCGCCAUGAUCCAGGCCAACGGUGUGGCUGCCAGGACACAUCGCCUCAAAGUAGGUGACAGGAUUGUGAGCAUCAACUCUCAGUCUCUGGAUGGCUUGACUCAUGGGGAUGUCGUAAAUAUGCUGAAGAAUUCUUAUGGCACCAUCGUCCUCCAGGUGGUUGCUGACACCAACAUCAGUGCUAUAGCCAAUCAGGUGGAGAGUCUGUCCAGUAGCUCCGCCCCAAGCACCAAUCCAGAGGUCCGGCCGGUGGAACCAGAGACGCCCAAGCCAAAGACCAUCACUCUGGAGAAGGGCUCAGACGGGCUGGGCUUCAGCAUCGUGGGUGGCUUUGGGAGUCCACAUGGAGAUCUUCCUAUCUACGUCAAAACCGUGUUCAGCAAGGGGGCAGCGGCGGUGGACGGGCGUCUGAAACGUGGUGACCAGCUGCUGUCGGUCAAUGGAGAGAGUCUGGAGGGCGUCACACACGAGCAGGCCGUGGCCAUACUGAAGAAGCAGCGGGGAAGCGUCACGCUGUCCGUCCUCUCCUAACAAACACACUAAAGUCUACAUCCACUGCAAAACACACACACUGCAUUCACACGUCCAUUAUUUGGCCGCCUUACUUCCUGAUAUGGAGAUGGUUUGCACUCGAUCGUUUAAACUCCGCCCUGUUACUGUAUGUCCACCUGGUCUCCAAAUCAAUCCGAUAAAUACUUAUAAAGGGAAAUUACUGUAUCGUCUUUGUCUUAGACACAGACGUGUAGCCUCUCCACCGGUGAGCAGGUGAAUUAUGGGGCAAUAUUAGAGAAGCUUAUUUAGAUGAAAUGAGUGCUGGUAACUCAAGACCAGGAGGAAAAAUUUAAGUACAACACACACUAACACACGCAAUUUGUUUGUAAUGAUCUUUUCAGUCCACAUACAAUAACUUCUAAUGUUGGUGUCUUGAUCUUUUGAUUUAAAACAAUAUGUUCAUGACCUACUGACAAACCCUAUUUACAAAAAAUCUGAGGAAUUGUUUGUAGUAGAUGAAUUUAUGGAUGAGCGUUAAUAAGGGAUGACAGAUGUGCCUUGGGCAGAUCAGAUCGUGAUGGGAUGGUUUUAGUUAGUAUUAGAUAUAGCAUCAUUUCAAUCAGGUUCUUUACAUUGCAGGGUAGCUUUGUGAAUAUUUCAAGAAAUAGUUCAUCAAAAGAUGAAAAAAAAAAAACAUCUCUGAUGUUGCUCCGAACCUGUAUUACUCUUUUUUUUCUGUGGAGCUUAAAAUUAGAUAUUUUGUGAAAUGUUCACGCUGCUCUCUUCCAUACAAUGAAAGUGGAUGGGGACUGGAGUUUUUUUUUUUAUUCAGAAAUGCCAAAAAUAACCAUAAAAUAUGACCAAAUUGUUCAUAUGACAAGUUUGAUGUGACGGAUGAAUUGAAAUUGAAGUCGAUUUUCACUUGCAGUCUUCCCUGUGAGUAAAAUUUCAGACAAUUCUUCACACAAAGGUAUUAAUGUUAGUCAUUUGUCAUGACAGAUUUUAUGUGGAACAUAGUAGUGGAUGUUUUGCUGAAUAUUCACACUACUCUUUUCCAGAAAAUAAAAAUGAGACAGAUAUUUUAGAAAUUUAGAAAUGACAUUAUAACAAUAUAAGAAUUGUAGUUUUGCAUGAGGAAUGAUUAUCACUUAAACUCUUCGCUGAAAUAAACAUUUCAGGCAAAUUUUCAUACAAAGCUAUUAUUUUAAGUCGUUCUCACUUAAAAUCUUUCUCCAAAAUUCGUAAAAUUCUUUACACAGAGCGAUUAUUUUCCUUCAGGAGUUUUAUUCACUUUCUUUGUAUGCAAAAGAGCAACCUUAAAAUUCUGUUCUUAGCUAAAUAUCUCCUUUUAGAUUCCAAAAUAAGUCAUAUAGGUUUGGAAUUACAUAAAUGAUGACAAUUUUAAUUUUGGGGAGAACUAUUCCACUCUAUUAUGUUUCUAUGGUGUAUUGGAAUUCACAGAAAUGCAUAACAUAGUUUUUUUUUUUUUUACAUUUGUGUAAUUCCAUUUGUAAUUAAUUUGCACACGUCUAUCAUUUCAUUGUGAAUAUGUAAUUUAUUUCCUUUUUUAGGAUGUUUUUGCAUCGCUUUUGUCUUUUAGAAAAGGUCUGACACAUCUUGUUUGAGACUGUGUGUGUCUGUGUGUCACAAUAUGAGGAUAUCCUGUGUCAGCCUCUCUCCUAGAGGAAGUGUAGCAGGCUCUUCAGAGACUAUCAGGGCUCUCCAGGCUGUAGACAGCGCGUGGAAACCUUGUCCAGUCCGUCUCUUCCACCAAGCACAUCCUCAUAUGAUGCCUCUUGAAUUUUUGUGCCACGUGGACGGUGUGUUGUGAGCUGUCCAGCACUAUGUCCCUUUAAAAAGAUGUCCUGUAUCUCCUAUGCCUGUCUUCCCCUUUCUCCUUAAAAGAAUAAUAAAAUGCAACGCUCCAAUCUGCUACCAUCAGCUAGAUCUUUACAUUUGGGCUGUGAACCACAGAAAAUGGCUUGAAUCAUGUUAAAACUUCAACUCGCCCUCAGAUGACUCGAGUAGUAACACCUUUUGAUCAGCCAUUUUUCUGUCGGUGUAUUGUUUUUAAAGUCAAAAGAAACCAUUUAGUUAAAUUCAUACACAAGAUACAGAUCUAAGCCUGAAAUAAAGCUGAUUUCUUAACAUUUGCAAAACAAACAAGUGCUCAUUAUGGUCUUUGACUUUAUUUUGGACAAGUAGAAUUUAUCGAAAGUGACAAAAAAUAAAGUUAUUUUCAUUUUAA